AUGCCCAAGGCACUCCACUUCAAGGGUGACAAGAAGGUCAAGAAGCGCAGAAAAGCUGCCGACCCUUACGACGCCGACGAGAAGCCCUCGAAGCAGCUUACGACCAGCGCACCUGCCGAGGCCGAGAGCGACGACUCUUGGGUGAGCGCAGAUGCGCCGACAGACAUCUCGGGACCAAUAGUUAUCGUGCUGCCCACCGACUCACCGAACACGUGUCUGGCAUGCGACGCCAACGGAAAGGUCUUUGCAAGCGAGUUGGAGAACAUAGUCGAGGGCGAUGUCGCGACGGCUGAACCGCACGAUUUGGGCGUCCUAAGCGCGACCGCGACCGCCAUCUCUCCCGAAGAAACCUUUGUCGUCGUUUCCGUGCCCGACAAUCCCUCCGCCUUCUCCCUGCAGACUGCCCGCGACAAGUUCCUGACCAUCGACGGAUCGUCUGGGAAAACCCCAGAACCACGGGGCGACGCCGAACACAUAGACUUCAGCACCACUUUCCGCAUACGCAUGCAAGCCCGCUUCAAGCCGCGGCUCAAGGCGAGCAAGGAAGACAAGGCGAAUGUCAAGAUUAGUCGCAAGGAGCUACAAGACCAGAUUGGCCGGCGUCUCAACGACGAUGAGGUCAAGAAGCUAAGGAAGUCGAGGGUCCAGGGCAACUUCCAUGAGACAGCCUUGGACAUGAAGGUCAAAUCUAGCCACGACAAGUAUGCCAGCAUGUGA